AUGCCGAGGAGGGAUCCGCUGGCCUCGCUGAGCGCCGCCGCCAUCCUGCGGUACAGCCGGCAGCUGGUGCUGCCCGAGCUGGGCGUGCGGGGGCAGCUGCGCCUCGCCCGCUGCUCCGUGCUCGUGGUGGGCUGCGGAGGGCUUGGCUGCCCCCUCGCGCAGUAUCUGGCCGCGGCCGGCAUCGGCCGCCUGGGGCUGGUGGAUCACGACGUGGUGGAGACCAGCAACCUGCACCGGCAGGUGCUGCACGGGGAGGCCCGCCGGGGGCUCCCCAAGGCCGUGUCUGCCGCGGCGACCCUGCGGCUGCUCAAUUCCACGGUACAUUACGUGCCCUACUGUGGCGCCCUGAGCGCGAGCACCGCCCUGGAGCUGGUGCGGCAGUACGAUGUGGUGGCCGACUGCUCCGACAAUGUCCCCACCAGGUACCUGGUGAACGAUGCCUGUGUCCUGGCUGGGAAGCCCCUGGUGUCCGGCAGUGCCCUCCGGCUGGAAGGGCAGCUAGUUGUGUACAACUACCAAGGGGGACCCUGCUACCGGUGUCUCUUCCCCAAGCCCCCUCCGCCAGAGACGGUGACAAACUGUGCGGAUGGGGGGGUGCUGGGUGUCGUGCCGGGCAUCAUGGGGUGCAUUCAGGCCUUGGAAGUGUUGAAGAUAGCUUCGGGAAUGGGUUCCUCCUUCAAUCAGUUCAUGCUGAUGUUUGAUGCUCGGGAAGGGAAAUUUCGCAACAUCAAGUUAAGACCAAAGAAAGCAGACUGUGCCGUUUGUGGGGACAACCCGUCUGUCACUCGCCUUCAGGAUUAUGAGGCGUUUUGUGGUUCUUCUGCAACAGACAAAUGUAGAACUUUACAUCUGCUGUCCAGUAAAGACAGGAUAUCUGUAGAGGAAUACAAAAAACUGUUGGAUGAGCAAGUUCCUCAUGUAUUGGUAGAUGUUCGUCCCCAGGUAGAAGUGGAUAUCUGUCGCCUGGCACACGCUGUCCACAUUCCUUUGAGUAAAUUAGAGGAAAAAAGUGAAGAAUAUUUGGAAUACUUAGAAAAACGAAUUUGUGAAGAAAAGCAGAGAAAUAAUGGCCAAACAUCUUUUCCUGUUUAUGUUGUUUGCAAAUUAGGAAAUGACUCCCAGAAGGCCGUAAGAAUUAUUCAGGAGUUACCUGUCAAAGAAUAUGGUCCUGUAUUAGCUAAGGAUAUUAAAGGGGGGCUCAUGGCUUGGGCCAGUAAAAUUGACCCAACAUUUCCUCAGUACUAG